AUGGCGUCCUUAUUGGAGAAGAUUGACACAUUAAUAGAUGAAUCUUCAGAUCCAAGGGUACGGAACUGGUUCCUAUUGGGCAGCCCUUUCCCAACACUCAUCAUCAUAGCACUUUACUUAGUGACGGUGAUGUGGAUUUUACCGGCCUACAUGAAAGAUAGGAAACCAUUCAAACUGACGAAAAUCAUAAGGAUUUACAAUAUAUUCCAGAUUAUUUCAUGUAUAGUAAUUAUAUACAAGGUAUUCACAGCAGGAUGGUACCAAGGCGAAUACAGUUAUACUUGUGCGCCCAUCGACUAUUCCGACAACCCGAACGCUGUCAAAAUGGUCAGCGCUUUCUACUUGGUAUAUUUCCUGAAAAUGGUCGAACUGAUUGAAACGGUUUUCUUCGUACUGAGGAAAAAAUUCAAUCAAGUUUCAGGACUGCAUCUCUACCACCAUGCCUCGACAUUUUUUCUCACCUACAUCGGAUGCAAAUUCAUUGGCGGUGGUAUGGCUUCGAUGCCCAUAAUGGUAAACUCAUUCAUCCAUGUUCUCAUGUACACCUACUAUUACCUCUCUUCCCUGGGACCAGGAUGGCAGAAGGCACUAGCACCUUGGAAGCCAAAAUUGACAAUGGCCCAAAUGAUACAAUUUGUACUGCUGAUAAUGCACGCUCUGACAGCUCUGCAGCCAGGCUGCAAAGUGCCCAGACAAUUCCUGUUGAUCUACCUGCCCAACGUGAUAGUCAUCUUCAAGAUGUUCGCCGAUUUCUACAAGAAGACCUACGCCAAAAAAUCCCCCGUCACGGAAUUCGCCAAAAACGGCGUAAAGAAAAACGGCGUUCAGCAUUCGCACAAAAAAUCGAAAACAACGUAACUAACAUUAA